AUGGAGGCUCCCAGGAAGAGUAAUGUGACCUAUCAUUUCUUCGAUACCAAGAUCGGCCUAUUGCGUCAGAUAAAAGCUUUGAUUACUCCUGACCAUGUGGGUUUAUUCCGGAAUACUUAUGGCAACAUCUUGCCUAUGGUUGAAGACUUGGAUGCUUCUCAGAGGAGUUUGAUACAUACUUGCUUGCAGUUUUAUGAUCCUCAGUUGCGUUGCUUCACUUUUCAGGAUUUCCAGUUGGCUCCUUUAUUGGAAGAGUAUGCUAUGAUCUUGGAUGUUCCUCUACAGCAUUGUGUCCCUUUCAACUCCGAUAUACCUCCUCUAGAGCAUAAGGAUAUUGCUAAGGCUCUUCAUCUGGAAGUGUUUGUUGUAAAGGAAAAUCUCUCUUCUUCUAAGGGAGGUCUAUCUGGUUUCCAUCUGGAUUUUUUGGUAGACAAAGCCGAAGAGUGUGCUGCUCAAGGCAAUUGGGAGGUUGUGUGUGCUCUGUUAUCGUUAAGUGUCUAUGGUAUUAUGCUAUUCGCCGAUGAACCGAAGUUCGUGAGUAUGAGUGCUAUUCAUAUCUUUCUGCUAAAUAACCCGGUUCCCACCCUUCUUCGUGAUUUCUAUUUUUCGGUGCACAAUAAGAAUGAGAAGAGACGAGGGAGGUUGGUCAGAUGUUGCGCUCCAUUGUUCCAUAAGUCGCUCGUGGGGCAUUUGCCAAAAGACGAUACUUUUCUGAAUUCGCAUCAUGCCAGGAAUUGGCCUAGAAGGUUUGUUGUCUUGACUGCUAAAGACAUCAGAUGGUGUAAUCAGAAUACCAAAGGUGGCGAUUUUGUGGUUAGCUGUGGGAAAUACCCUAAUGUACCAUUGUUGGGUACGAAGGGUUGUAUCAACUACAACCCGAUUCUUUUGAGAAGACAAUUAGGGUAUGCCUUGACUCACGCUCCUAAGGAUCAAGAUCUGGUGGAAUCUUUCUACUUCCCUAUGCAAGAUAAUCUAGAAUUGGUUAAGCAAGCUGCUGGAGCUUGGAGAAAUAUUCAGACUAAAGGUGCUAUUGUGUAUGGAAAAUGUAACAACAUCUCUUCUUCCCAGUAUGAUAGUUGGUUGCGAGAAAGAGCUCAAAUUACUCUUCUACCUUUCUCUAUGGGAGAACCAUCUGAUUCGGUUAUUGUUGAGUCUGUCAGCAUGGUUGAGUACAACAGUUUGAAGCAAGAAAAGGGAAAAGCCGAUAAGUUGAAUGCGAAGCUGAGUGAAGGCCUCAGGAAAACUUUUAAAGCUUGCAAGGCUGCUAAGGAGCAGUUAGGAAGAGCUGAAUAUAGGCUUAUUGAGCGCCAGCAAAGGUGGGAAGAAUUGUCUGAUCGCCGGAGACAGGUUGAGAUAGAAAUCAGAGCAGAAAAUGAGCGGUUGAAGAGUAGGGAGAACGAGCAGCAUGAAGCACUUCGAUUGGCUGAACAAGAGAUCGUCGAACUAAAGAUUCAAGUAGGGGUCAAGAGAACAAAAGAACAAGACAAGUAUAGGAAAUUGGAAGAAGCGGUCAAGACGAGGAAUUUGUUGAUUCAAGGCCUUACAGAGCACCCUACUGACCCGGUUACAGAGGCGUUCUUAAGGAAGUUCGAGAAGACUCGUUUGGGCUAG